UGUUGACCCCAUGAAAACCAUGUAGUCUCUUAAACAAGAAGAGGAAAUUUAAUUUUACUGCCCCUAUUCUGCAUUUCUACUCGAAUCGAAAUUUUCUCCGAUUGGCAACUUUGGUAUUCUGCGUUUCGAUUCAACUUCGAAAAUUCCAAUUCUAUGUAUUCUGCAUUGCGAUCGUAAUUACGUUUUUGUACGUUGAAGUUUUGUUGGUGGAAAGCCGUUAUACAUAUAUUCAUUUUCGUGCACUUGGAUAAAAUAAUUUCCUCAAAUAUGUCAAAAGUAACAACGGCAGAUAUGAUGGCCACGAAAAGAGAUAUUGCGCAGGGCUUCCAAAAGCGACCGAAGGAAGAAGUACAGGAGUUUUGGGAGGAGGUUGCAAGGAAUUUAAAUGCACUUGGCCCACCAACAAAAGAUUCCAAUACAUGGAGAAAGGUCUGGAUUGACUGGAAAUGCUACAUGAAGCGAAAAUUAUCGCAUAACAAAAAAGAAAGGAUGAGCACCUGUGGAGGUCCUUGCCGUUUACAACGCAUAAGCCCACUUGAUGAAAAGGUGAUAGCUUUGACGGGUUUGGAAACGGAUGAUAUCCCUUCAACCAGUAGAGCUAGCAGCCAAAAUAGAGAGGCGAGAGCAGAGAAGCAGAGCACUUCUUCAUUACUUAAGCAACAGAUACAAAUCAAAAAGAAUUUUAUGCAGAGACGAAAAAAUUCAAUGAAGCUGCCUUUGGUAAAAUGGAAGAAGUUACUUCAUAUUUACGGCACAUGAAUCGUUCUCUAGAAACUUUGGCGGAGACUGCAGUGAAGCAACCUGAAGAACAGAAGCGACACAAUAGAAUUAAGGAAGAGCUGGUGAAGGAAAAAGUAGAAAUAAAAAUGCAAAUGCUAAGAUUAGAUCCAAAUUAUAAGCCGGAUUCAAAGUAGUCAUUUUUUAAUUGUUAGCCUUUUAUUUAAUUUACUAUUAUUCAUUUAUAUAACGAGCUGUGAAAUGAAAUAAAAGCAUUUACUUCUUUAAUAUAGGAGCUGUAAAAUGCACUGAA